UACGUCAAUAUUGGCUCCUCCGUGGAGUCUACUAGCACAUGUUAGCUUUGGUCAGAGAUGUCUUCCUCAGCAAACAACGCCUCUGGAGGGAUUCACGGUCUCCUCUUGAAGCUUCACGAAUUCUUGGCAGACGAAGACAACCGACGUGCGUCUUUGGAAUGUCAGGACUUGGUGGAGAAGUUGGGGGAGACGUGCAUGCUGACACCGGCCGACAAUGAACUUGCUCUGCAGACAUCCUUGCUGUUUUCAAAAGAUUAUGGUCUCCUCAGCUUCCUGAAGAAAUCUUUGACACAAGAUGAGCUUCAGGAUGCCAGAGUUAAGACAUUGUGUGUGCUGAAGAACUUUCUGGAAAAGCUUUCUCCAAGAGUCAAAGGUUGGGAGAAGACCUACGCCAUCGACAUAAAAAACACAUGUAUGACGGUGUAUGCAAAGGAAAAAACAGCCAAAUGUAGGACUGCAGUACUGGAGCUGCUUAUUCAGGUUCUCCUUAAAACGAAAGCUUCUACUGUGUCGGCAGAGUUGGGGAUUAGCAAAAUAUUCACAAGAUUUUACAGCGAGCUUUGUCAAAAGAGCAAACUUCCUGAUUCAGUCCUCGGCACCAUCUAUGAAUUGCUGGGAGUGGUUGCAGAGGUUCACCCCAGCGAGAUGGUCAACAACUCUGACAAACUCUACAGGGCCUAUCGAGGGGAGCUCAAAGAACAGAUGACUUCCACAACAAAGGAGCCCAAACUGAUGGUAGUUGCUGGAUGUUUGAGAGGAAUCACUGCUCUCAUGGUCAACUUCACUAAAACAAUGGAGGAAGACCCAGCCACAUCCAAGGAAAUCUUUCAAUAUACCUUUAAGGCAAUUAAUCCCCAGGUGGCAAUGAAUCGCUAUGCUAUCACUUUUGCGGGGCUCAGAUUGUUUGCCAGGCACGCAUCUCAGUUCAGCAGCUGCCUCCUGGACCACUACAGAGAGCUGUUUGACGCCAUGUCCAAGCUCUGUGGUCACAUCAACAAUGAGAUGAAAAAGACCAGCUACUAUGCACUCGAAUCCUUCCUCAAACAGGUUUCCAUCCUCGUGGCAGAAAAUAUUGAGGAGCACAAGAGUAAAUUGAAGUUCUUCAUGCAAAAGUUCUGCAACAUCAUUAAGACCAUGGAGUCAACCCACAAGGAACUAUCCAUUGCCAUCCGUGGAUAUGGGUUCUUUGCAGCUCCGUGCAAGAAAGUUUGCCCUCAAGAUGUGGACUUGAUGUACACGGAGCUGAUUCAACGCUGUAAACAGAUGUACCUCACUGAGUCUGACAGGGAGGACGAAAACUUCUACCAGCUGCCCAGCUUCCUGGAUUCUAUAGCAAGCGUCCUCAUUCACCUGGACAAGGUUCCAGAAGUGUAUACUCCACUACUGGAGCGUCUCCUUGUGGUGCAGAUCGACAGCUUCCCUCAGUAUAGUGACAAAAUGCAGAUCACGUGCAGCAGGUCCAUCAUUAAAGUGCUGGUGGCCAUGGCAUCUAAAGGUCCCGUUCUGUGGAGUUUCAUCAGCUCUGUGGUGCAUCAAGGAUUGAUCCGGGUUUGUUCUAAACCCCUCAAGGUUACUGAGGCCCAAAAUGUUGAAAAUAAUCCCCCCGAGUCAUCAGAGGUUCGUGUUGGAAAGUGGAAGGUUCCAUCCAGCAAGAACUACCUCGCCCUCUACAGAAGCCUGCUAGACUGCGAUCAGUUGAAGGAUUCAGGGUAUUUGGACGGAGCUUUUGAAAGCCAAAAUGCUGCUCUGGUGUCAUUGAGUCACAUUCUUUAUGACGAGUUGGUCAAGUCACUCCUUCGGAUCGUGGAGAAAUUAGACUUGACGGUGCAAAAAGUCACACCAGGAGAGGAGGUUGCAGAUGAUGUGACGCAUGUUGUGCCCUCAUCUGACCCUACUGCUCAUCUUUUGCCCAAUAAGAUGAAAGACUUCACUGCCUUUAUAAAUUUGGUUGACUUCUGCAGUGAGCUGUUGCUUUAUAAGCAUGUGGAAUAUUUCCCGACUUGGAUGUACCCCUUCAGCCAUGAGAUUAUCCUCCACUCGAUUCGAAACCCUCUUGUCAGCGGUUUUUACAAGUUGCUCUCUGUCACCAUGAAAAUUGCCAAGAAAGUCAAGUAUUACCAGGGAGUUGGUUUGAGAAGCUCCGCUUCCCCUCAAAGUGAUGCAGUGAAAAGUGCUUGUUUUGCACUCUUCUCAAAGUUUGGAAAAGAGGUCUGUGUGAGAAUGAAGCAGUACAAAGAUGAGCUGCUGGCUUCCUGCUUGACGUUUGUCCUCUCACUGCACCACAACAUCGUUGCUGUGGACAUCAAGGUGUACGGUCCUGCUCUGGAGACAGCUCUGAGGUUGGGUCUUAGCCAUGUCCCUUUGGCUAAUGCAGCCCUUGAUGCUCUUGAAGAUUGGUCCAACCACAUCCCUUUGGAGACCAUGCAGCCUUGUUACAAGCUCGUGCUGCCUCUUCUGGAUGGAUACCUCAAAACCAGCUCCAGUGACAACAAAGAGGAGAGCGUCUGGGAGGUGAUGUCCUCCUUGUCUUCAAAAAGCGAGAGAGGAUACAGCCGAGUGAUGACCAGGCUCCUGAAGAAGUCCAAUCAGCUUGCUACGGAGGAUGCUCCACUUUCCAUGGUGAGGCUCAGGGUGGUGAAGUUGCUGGGUCGCUUAGGAGGGAAGCUCAACAGAAACCUUAUAGCAGUGGUCUCGUCAGAGGAGAUGAUGAAGAAGUUUGUCGCCUGGGAUACUGAGAAAAGACUCAGCUUUGCCGUUCCAUUCGCCGACAUGAAGCCUGUCAUCUAUCUUGACCCUUUCCUGCCUCGGAUCAGUGAACUGGCUCUGUCCACAAGUGACAGACAAACCAAAGUAGCGGCUUGUGAGCUGCUCCACAGCUUGGUGCUCUACAUGGUUGGGAAGAGCGCUCAGAUGGUGGAGGGAGAGAAUCGACUCCCGCCGAUGUACAAGCUGCACAAGAGACUGUUUCCUGUGCUGCUGCGUCUGGCCUGCGAUGUUGAUCAGGUAACCAGACAGCUUUUUGAACCGCUAGUAAUGCAACUGAUCCACUGGUUUACCAACAACAAAAAGUUUGAGAGCCAAGAUACAGUCGCUGUUCUGGAAGCCAUUCUGGACGGUGUUGUCGAUCCAAAGGACAGCACUCUCCGAGACUUUUGCGGCCGCUGCAUGGAAGAGUUUGUGAAAUGGUCAAUAAAACAAACCAGCCCCAAGCAGCAAGAGAAGAGCCCGACGAACAUGAAGUCGCUGUUUAAGCGCAUGUACAACUUGGCUCUGCAUCCCAAUGGCUUCAAAAGGUUGGGUGCAGCUUUAGCCUUCAAUAGUAUCUACAGGCAGUUCAGGGAGGAAAGUUCCUUGGUGGAGCAGUUUGUCUUUGAAGUGCUUGUCAUAUUCGUAGAAAGUCUUGCUCUUGCACACUCGGAUGAGCGAUCAAUGGGAACGCUGCAGCAGUGCAACACUGCCAUUGACCACCUGAAACGCAUCGUCAAGUACAAGGCCCCUGUUCUCAAUCAGCACAGUGCCAAGCGACGUAUCCCAAGGGGAUUUCCAGCGGAUGAAACGCCGUGUCUGUCAGAUGUGGUUUUAUGGCUUCUGGAGCAGUGCGGUCGACCUCAGACUGAGUGUCGCCACAAAUGCUUGGAGCUCUUCUAUGAGUUUGUGCCUCUCCUACCAGGAAAGAGUUCGCCACCACAAUGGUUGGAGGGCGUUCUACAGGAUCGAGGUAUGGGUUUCCUGGUCUCCAAGUUUGAAGGAGGAGGACUGCUUUCCCAACCUACUCUCAGGGACCUGAUGGGCCCUUUCAGUACAAGAGCCACCCUGCACUGGAUGGAUCUUCUCCUCGCCGCCCUGGACUGCUACAACACCUUCAUUGGCCUCCAUAUUAUCAGGCCUAAUCACAUGCUUGGUUCCCGGGAUGAAUCGAGUUUUCUGCGAUCUAUACGUUUCUUUUUGACCGAGCUUGCGACUCAAGAGCUGGCUGCGGCAGAGAGUUGCUUCCGUCUUGGCCAGAAGAACUCUCCCUUCAGCCCGAUAGAGGUGGACCAGUACAACUACAGCAAAUGCACCAUCAUUGUCCGUCUGCUGGAGUUUGCCACGAUGGUUCUCGUCAAAGGAGGCCAGGACUUUUGCAAGCUUUUGGAACAAGAUAUUUUUUGCUCAAGUUUUUUUGAGCUUACUGCGAUGGUGGUGUGCAAGCCGUCCUCUGUUGGUUUCAACAUGGCAGAUGUGGAGGUAAUAAAGAACCUUCCAGACAUAUGUGUCCCUCUCCUCAAGGCCCUGCUGACAUCACCUUACCACGCUAGUCUGGAAUGUUGCUUCAAGGCAACAAUUUCAUAUAAAAGUGUUGAUGCACUCUGUGCUGUAGACUUCUACCGGUUUGGACACCACGGCCAGCUGGAAAUGCUUCUGUCUUCUUGUAAGCAGAUCCACAAAGCUGGAUUUCUCCUCUCCAUUCUACAGAGUCAGAAGGAUGCCGCAUAUGCCAAAUCGCUUGGGUCACGACUUCUCAUGAGUGUGUAUAAUGGCGUAGCACCCGCUGACAAGAAGUCGUUUCCAUCCUUGGAUAUAAAUACCAAGAAGCUUGCUGAGGGACUGCUUCAGCUUGCUUUUUCUCUCACUCCACUGGGUGAGCAGCUACUGGACCUACUGCUGACUGGAAGUCACUGCCAGAGCUUCUUGAGCUUCUCCCAUGCAGAGUACUUCUACAGCCUCUUCCCGAUGGCCAUCAACGGAGAGCUGCUUCAAAACCUGAACACUACCGUACCUCGUCUUAUGAUAGCCUCCUCUCUAAAUCCCAGCAUGGUCAGUGUGUUGCUGAAUGGCAUUCUGGACCACAGUUUUCGAGAGCGCUCAUUGCGGAAAACUCGGGGAAAACAGCUGGUGGAAGAGGUGCUCCGAAGAUGGAACAGCCUGCAGUCAUGGUGGAGUGGACACGCUUCAAAUGCCGAUAGCAAAACUGCCACGCUGCUGUUGCUCUCUAAGCUCCUACAGAUUGACUCAUCUGUGUGCUCUGACAUCAACCAUGAGGGUUUUAAACCGGUGUUUUCCACGUUUACUUUGCUGCUUGUCGACAUGAGCCUACCGUUGAACCUGAAGAGCCAAGCCUUGCUGGUGUUGCCCUUCUUCACAUCCAUCCCAGAGGAGCCCCUGGCAGAGCUGCAGAGAGCGCUUGAAUCCCUGGUGGCCUCCCACUUUCCUAUGCAGUCCGAUGAAUUUGCAAAGGGCUCUCUUCACCGCAACAACUACAUGGACUGUAUUAGGAAGCUGCUGGAUGCCUUGGAGCUUUCCCAGAGCCCGCUUCUGCUCAAACUGCUGGCUGGGAUUUUGUGUCGAGACAGAAAGCACAUCAUGGAGGAACAAUUUCAAACCUGCUUCCAAAGAAUUUCUAAACGGCCAAGCAGUGAGCGACAGCUCCAACUACUCUCUACGGUUUAUCAGGUGAUCCAGCAGGGUGAUGUGCCAAGGAGCUGCGUGCUUCAGGCUAUGAUGGAGAGAGUUCUGCUGCCUCUCGCCUCUCACUGUAGCACCAAGACCCUCGUUGACUUCUUUGUGGCAAAUGUUACCGAGAUAAUGGCAUCGUUACUCACUCGUUUCACCAAGUCAAGUGAAUCGUCAUUUGAGAUGCAGCUGUUGAAGAAGAACGGCUGCUGCAAGCUGAUGGAGCUCCUAUAUUCUCGGCUUCCCAAAGAGGAAGUUUAUUCCAAGGAAUCUCCCAUCAAUAUGGCCUAUUGUUGUUCAGACAAAACGGAGGGGAAUGAACUGUCAAAGGCAUUGAUCAAGUUCUGUUUUGAAGCAUUUACUGAGAACAUGACUGGCGAGACUCAGCUCCUCGAGCUCAGGAGACAAUACCACUGUGCUGCGUACAACUGCGCCAUUGCCAUCAUCAGCUGCAGCUUCAAUGAGCCCAAAUUCUAUUAUGGCUUCCUCUUCAGUGACAAACCAGAGAAGAACCAGUUCAUUUUGGAAAAUAUCAUUGAUGUUGAAAGGACCUACAACUUUCCAGUUGUCAUUGAGGUCCCUCUUGAGAGAAAGAAACAGUAUACUAUGAUUCGACAAGAAGCGAGCGAGGAGAGUGGAGAGGCGCCAGUAUAUUUGUCCUCCCAGUCUUACAUGGCGGACAGCAGUCUGAGUGAGGAGAUGAGUCAGUUUGAUUUCUCCACUGGCGUUCAAAGCUUUUCCUACAGCUCCCAGAAGCCUGAAGGAAGGAGACGCACCCUAACAAAGACGCAGACAGAUGAGUCCGCUUCCUCCCUAGAUGUGACAGUGGACCUGGAAAUGGAUGAGUUAAAUCAGCACGAAUGCAUGGCAACCAUGACAGCUCUCAUUGGUCACAUGCAAAGGAGCAAGAUAACUCCCAAAAUUGAACAGGGGAUUGUGCCGAGUGAACUUCCUCCUUGGAUGAAAUUUCUUCAUGGGAAACUGAUGAAUCCAUCCACCCCCUUGAAUAUCAGACUCUUCAUUUCAAAGCUGAUCAUCAACACAGAAGAGGUCUUUCGGCCGUAUGCCAAGCACUGGCUGGGGCCGCUGCUGCAGCUCGUGUGUGGGCGCAAUGGAGGAGAGGGGAUUCAUUUUAUGGUUGUGGAUAUUGUGGUCACAGUCCUCUCUUGGACAAGCCUGGCAAGACCUAAGGGGAACCCCAGAGAUGAAGUGCUUGCCAACCGGCUGUUAGAGUUUCUGAUGAAACACAGCUUUCACCCCAGGAGGUCCGUGUUUCGCCACAACCUGGAGAUCAUUCGCACUCUUGUCGAGUGUUGGAAAGACUCUCUGCAUGUGCCACACAGUGUAAUAUACGAGCGCUUCUGUGGCACAGACCCGAACAGCAAAGACAACUCUGUUGGACUUCAGCUCCUAGGAAUCAUCCUGGCCAAUAACCUUCCCGCUUAUGACGCCUCUUGUGGUAUUGAGUAUGGCAGAUACAUCCAGUCUCUCACCAACAACCUUACCUUUGUAAGGUAUAAAGACGUCUACUCAGCUGCUGCUGAAGUUAUUGGCCUCAUCCUGAAGAACAUGACAGAAAGGGAUAAUCAUCACCAGGAACUUCUCAGUCUUGCUGCAAGUCAGAUAACCAAUCUGAAGAAAAAGGAAAUGAAUGACAAGUUCAUAGUCUGCGUGAACAAAGUGUCAAAGCACUUUCCUCCUUUUAUGGACAGGUUUGUCAAUCAUGUGUUCUACCAACUCCCGAAGAUGCACGGCUUGUUAAAAGUCAACUGUCUGGAGUGUGUGCUGAGUCGAGCUGACGUCAUCCCAGACAUUUUUUUGCAGCUCAAAACCACAGCCUUCAUUCAGAUGAUGGGCCAUCAGGAUGAAGCCAUACAAAGAGUGUGUCUGGACAUCGUCCACAAAAUCCUUGCACGCCUCACUCCGCCUCAGCUGCAGGAGUUCCUUGGAACUGUGACGUCUUUUGUCGCCCACCCUUCACUGGUGUGCCGAGAGAGGAUGUAUGACAUCCUCAUGUGGGUCCAGGACAACUACAGUGAUGAAGAAAGCAUGACAGACACCACCUCACUGGAAGUUUUAAAUGCAGCCAAAGAGACGCUACUUCAAGGAUUGUCUGAAGACAACCAAGGCCUGCAGUUGUAUGUUCGUAAUUUCUGGAGCCAAGAGAAGCGCCUUCCAACCGCAACGCUGGAGCGAAUGUUGACGGUGCUUCAUUCACUCUACACCUGUAAAAUUGAGAGGUGUUUCUUGAGCCUGGCAACCAAUCUGUUGUUGGAAAUGACCAGCCAGAGUCCUGAUUUCAAACGAAACUUGUUUGAGUAUCCUCUGUCGGAGUGCACCUUUCAGGAUUAUCUAAUUGAUUCCAACUGGCGCUUCAGAAAUACAGUGAUGACUCCAAUGUUUGUUGAAACCCAAAUGUCUCAAGUUCCUCAAAGUAUGGCGCCGUCCCAGUCAGGAGCCAUGAGCGGGAAGCUGCGAGCUACUCAGACCACACUUGAGUUCACCCAAACCCAAACACCAGGCCGACGCUCGGCAUAUAACUGGCUGACUGGCAGCAGUGUGGACACACUUGCAGACUAUACGGCGUCUGAGUCGUCAUCAUUGUUGGUGUUUGACAAGAAAGCAGCGAGGCCAAGUACAGCAAGACGACCAGUGGGUGAAGGCUUUGGCCGAGGGCGCCUCACUGCAUCAACACACGAGGUGGACAGUAACACCAGAGACGAGAAUGAGAAACGUCAAAAAAUCCUUCAGUUAAGACGGCGAUUUCUUAAGGACCAGGAGGAGAGCCUGAUUUUUGCACAGAAGGAGGUCCAAAAACAAAAACGACUGAAGGAGCAAAAAGCUGAUCAGAGGCUGCGAAAGGAGGCUCAGGUUACUCUGUAUCGGAACUACAGAGUGGGAGACUUUCCAGAUAUCCAAAUUCCUUGCAGUAAUCUCAUUGCCCCUCUUCAAGCAGUUGCACAGAGAGAUCCAAUUCUGGCCAAACAGUUGUUCAGCUCCCUAUUUACCGGCAUCCUUCAAGAAAUGGAAAUUCACAAAACCAGACAACAGGCAGCAGAAAUAAAAGAGAACCUUCGAUGCACCAUGAACAAAUUCCUGGCCAAGAGUACACUCUGCUUCCCGCCAUUUAUUUCAUGUGUGCAGGACAUGUGCUACCAGCAUCGAGACCUUCUUCACAUCGAUCCAGCACACAUCAGCUCCACCAGCUGUGCGAGUCUCCAGCAGCCGUCAGGCAUCCUGCUGUUGGAAGAAGGUUUGCUGCACCUUGGCAUCCAGGAUGAACCUCCUGCCAAAAGGCCACGUGUGCGCAAAGAAAUCCCUCCGGACACCAACAAAUGGGUCCACCUUGCAAGGCUUUACAGAGCUUUGGAGGAUUAUGAUGUUGUUCGGGGUAUCUUUGCUGGUAAAGUCGGGACCAAGUCGGUCACCUGUGCUGCACUGCAAGCUGAAGCCAGCACUGACUUUGCUGAAGCUGCCAAACUCUACAAUGAGGCUCUUAACACUAAGCACUGGACUGACGGUGAGCCCACUGAGUCUGAGAAGGACUUCUGGGAAAUAGCUGCAAUGGAGGCCUACAGCCAUAUGAAUGACUGGAAAUCGGUGCAGUACUGUUCCACGGUGAACAUCGAUGAAAACCUUCAAAACAUGUGGCUGGAACCCCUCUACCAGGACAUGUACCUGCCGCACAUGAUCCGAAGCAUGCUCAAGCAGCUGCAGCUGGGUGAAAGGAACCAAAGUCUUCUCAGCUUCAUCGACCAAGCCAUGAUGGUGGAGGAGCGCAAAAAGCUGCUGGAGAGCCAUUACAGCCAAGAGCUCAGCUUACUGUACAUCCUGCAGGAGGACUACGACCGUGCUAAAUACUACACCAACUCCGCCAUGCAGCUCUUUAUGGAGAGUUACUCAAGUGUGGAUACGUUACUUACUCAAAGCCGUCUAACCAUCCUGCAGUCAGUGCAGGCCUUGACAGAAAUCCAGGACUUCCUGCAGUUCAUCAGAGGAGAAGUGUCUGUGACAUCCCUCAAGCGGCUCAUGAGUUUAUGGACUGAACGCUAUCCUGAUGCGAAAGUGGAUCCAAUGAACGUGUGGGAUGAUAUCAUUACAUCACGAUGUUUCUUCCUGGACAAAAUCAGAGAAAAGCUCCAAAGCCACGGCGACACAGAUACCAUGGAGGUGGAUGGCGCUGAAGACCACACAGUGGACCUGGACAUGUUGGUAAACAACUGCAAGUUCAGCAUGAAGCUGCACAUGGCUGAUAGCGCGAGGAAGCAGAAUAACUUUUCUGUUGCCGCCAAGCUGCUGAAGGAGCUUCACCGAGAUGCCAAAACAAAGAGAAAGUGGUUACUGGAGUGGGUCCACAGUUUUAGCCGUUACAGCCAUAAACGCAGCCAAUCCCAGGGCCCGUUGGAGCAGCUGGGUAUCAUGCUGAAGACCGUUCCACUUCUGGAGGACCUCCAGACUGACUGCCAAACUGCAACACCUGAAGUGUACAGACACCAGAAGAUCCUCCAAGGAACAUCUUUCCAAGUCAUGGCCACGGCUGUCAGCAGAAGCCCUUCGGUUUUGGAAACGAUUGACGCUGACAAAGCAGAGAAAGUUGUUCAACUUUCAAGAAGUGCUUGGCCUGUUCAGGAUCUGAAGGAAGUGGAAGUGGGGUUACAGAUGCGAGCGCUGGCGUUACUGUGUGACGGCACCAGAAAGGCUGAUGAAGAGCUGGAGACCUCGACACAGCAACAUGUGGAAACGAGCAGCAUUGUGGAAACAUACAUGUCUUUAGCUGAUUUCUGUGACAAACUGCUGCGACAUGCGGAUCAGGGCGACACCAGAAGUCAGUUCCCAGACCUGUCGGCACUGCCAGUACAUGUAGUGGGGAGCAUGCUAAAGGCACUGAAAAUGAACUCGGAGGAGGCUCGUCUGAAGUUCCCUCGUUUGCUACAAAUCAUUGAGUUGUAUCCUUCUGAGACGCUGGACCUCAUGACAAAGGAGCUGACGUUGGUCCCCUGUUGGAUGCUGAUUGGUUGGAUCAGUCAGAUGGUGGCCCUUUUGGACAAGCCUGAAGCUGUGGCCGUGCAGCAUUGUGUCGAGCAGAUAGCCGAAUGUUACCCUCAGGCUCUGGUUUACGCUUUAAUGAUCAGCAGCGAGAGUUAUCACUUUGAGGAUUCGGCGACUGGAUACCGGCAGCAGGAGUUUGUCAACAGGAUCAUGAGCAUGCUGGAUAAAGGAGGAGCUGUGAAGAACUUUGUGGAUGCACUGCAGCAGCUUACAAAUCCUGAAAUGAUUUUUAGGGAUUGGUGGGAAAAUGUAAAAAAUGAAAUGGAAAAAACAGACUUCGACAGGGAGAAAAUGAUGGACUUGUACAACGAGAUGCACUCUUCACUCGGGGAUUGCAAAAGAGACGGCCAUGGGAUGUUUCGCAAGAAGUUUAUCCAAAAAUUUGCAAAAGCUGUGCAGAGUUUGCUGGGAGAUAAAGGCACCAAGCUGUUUGAGAAAAGGAGAGACAAAAGCUUUAUCCGUAAGGUGGAUGAUCUGGCAGGGUCCAUGCGAGGAUACCAGAAGGAACCCGGGAACCUCAAGGAGUAUUCACCCUGGCUGAGUGCAUUCCAGGCGGACGCGUUCAAGAACGAGCUGGAGAUCCCCGGUCAGUAUGAUGGCAGAUCUAAACCUUUACCGGAAUAUCACGCCAAAAUAACAGGCUUUGACGAGAGGGUCAAGGUGAUGUCGUCCCUUCGCCGUCCUAAACGUCUGAUCAUCCGUGGGGACGACGAGCGCGACCACCCUUUCCUGGUAAAGGGCGGAGAGGACCUCCGCCAGGACCAGCGCAUCCAGCAGCUUUUUGUCGUCAUGAACAUUUUGCUGAACCAAGACGCCGCCUGUGCGAACAGGGGUCUGCAGCUUCGCACCUACCAAGUCAUCCCCAUCAACUCACGAAUUGGUCUGAUUGAAUGGAUGGAGAACACAUGCACCCUUAAGGAAUUUCUUUCAGCCACCAUGACUGAAGAGGAAUCCCGAAGGGCAUUCAGGUGUGCUGACGUCUACAACAAGUGGCUGUCCACCUUUGCGCCACCAAAAUCGGAUAUCCCCACCACAAAACUCUAUGUUCUGUCUUACAUCAAAGCCAAACGCGCUGACACCAUCAGUAACUUUUCCAAAGUGUUGCAGCAUGUUCCCGGUGAUCUCCUGAAGAGAGCUUUCCUAAAGAUGUGCAACAGUCCAGAGGCUUUUCUUUCCUUGCGCUCGCACUUCAUCAGCUCUCACGCUUUGCUGUGCGUCAGCCAUUGGGUGCUCGGCAUCGGCGACCGCCAUCUCUCCAACUUCAUGAUCAACACGGAAACGGGGGGCAUGAUUGGCAUAGACUUUGGUCAUGCAUUCGGGUCAGCUACACAGUUUCUCCCCGUCCCUGAGCUCAUGCCUUUCCGGCUGACCAGACAGUUUUUGAAUCUGAUGCAACCCUUGAAGGAGUCGGGUUUAAUCCAGAGCGUCAUGGUGCACUCCCUCCGAGCAUACAGGAACGAGCCGGACUUGCUGCUCAACACCAUGGAUGUUUUUGUCAAGGAACCGUCACUGGACUGGAAGAACUUUGAGAUGAAACAACUAAAGAAGGGCGGCACCUGGACGGAGAGUGUGAACACCAAAGAAAUCAACUGGUAUCCUCUGCAGAAGGUGAACUUUGCCAGACGAAAGCUAGAGGGGGCAAAUCCGGCCACUAUAACCAGCGAGGAGCUGAAGCUCGGCUUUGAGAAGGACUCCGCCUUUCAGGGGUUGCAGUCGGUCGCCUUGGGGACGGCGGAGCACAACAUUCGUGCAGAGCUGCCGCCUGCAGGUCUGUCUGUGGAGAAGCAGGUGGACUGUCUGCUGGACCAGGCCACAGACCAGAACGUGCUUGGCAGAGUGUGGGCCGGCUGGGAGCCGUGGUUCUGAUACACACUGGACGAUUUGGUGCAGGAGCGACUCCGAGACACGCUCCGCAGGCUGAGGCUUUUACUGCUGCGCGCGUCAAACUCCACAAGGCUGCAGGUUUUGGGGUUGCUCGUGGACCUCUUCCUGGGAUAACUGUAGUAACUGCGGCAGCCGGCGGGGAGAAAGUCAUCCAAAGCAUGACUUUCUGUUCCGCUGAAGUUAUUUGGCCAAGACAACCUGGAGGACAAGCUCCCGCUCGGCGAGAUGGCGUUGGGCUCACCGCCGGUGAGCUGGGUCCAGUUGCACGGGUAACACGAGCUGCUUUUCGGAUCAGACACCUCUUGCUCUGAUGCUCCACUACUGAUGGAAACAAAUGACAGUUUAGUCGCAUCUUUUUGCCGACCCCAUCAUGUGACUUACAUUCUUUUCAGCAGAUGAUGAUGCCGGUUCAAGGAACAGGUUGACUGCACGUAAUUAAUUAGUAUUAAUAAAGGGUUAAAAUACUGAACAUGAUGGACUGUAUGAUUGCCAAAAUGAGCGCGCAUAAAGACCACACUCCUUGCACUCGUGGCCUCUGCAUAACAGCUCGCCGCUGCUCCCUCUGCAGUCUACGUACUCGGCGUUGCUGAGUUUUGGUGGCCAUCUAUUCAAUGCCCGCCAAAACUCUGCAACGCCGAGCAGGCAGAAGACACGGAGUGACCGCACAACAGGUACCAGCAGGGAGCGGUUAUUCAGAGACUGCAAGUUUGAGAAGAGUGGUUUUUACGCACGCUGAUUUUGGCACUGAUCUGACGACAUCGUUUUGAGUACGUUGGAAGUUUAAAUGAUUUAUGGGGAAAAAUUGGGAUGUAUGAUGAGUGUGUGUGUGUGUGUGUGUGUGUGUGUGUGUACAUUUUUCCCCAUUACUGUGCCAAAACGCUUCAUAAUUCACCAGUAGCGUUCUGGAUUUCAAAAAUGUGACUAAAAAGGUUUGUAACACAGUUAAAUAAAAAUAAAAAAGCUGAUAACGUGCAUGACUGCAGAUGGCGUAAGGGUUCAAACUAGAGAUGUAUCAAACUAGUAGUUGUUUUUUUUUUUAAAUCUGUGCGCAACAAAGACUCGAAUUGGGCACGUGAGUUUCUGCACAUGUACUCUGUGAUGGGUGACUCAAGUGAAUGAUGGAGCACUCGAUUCACUUCAGUAAGUGACUCACUCAUGAGUACUCCAGUCAAUAAAGGGAAUCAUGUUUCCCAUCUUCUGCAGCGGUUCGUAGUGGUGAAGAGGGAGCUGAGGCGAAAGGCAAAGCUCCCAACUUACCCCCACCUAUGGUCAUGAGCUUUGGACAGUGGCCGAAAGGACAAGAUCACGUUAGUUAAAAUAGUUAGUUAUAGUUAAAAUAUAGCCUGUACAAUUGGGAAAGGGUCUAUCAUGACAACGGUUUGAUCCUGCAAAGGAUUUAUUCCAUUUAAAUGAUUUAAUCAGGGGAAAAACUAUUUCAAAACGGCAGAAUGGAAUGUGUUCGGCCUAGUUGUUGACCUGUGUUUCAAAAUGAAUGGUGUUCAUGUUCUUGACCGAGGGCAGUGAGACCAUUAAAGAACUGGAGAAACUAUUGUUGGGCGUGGUUGACCAAAACAAAACAUCACUUGGCAAGGACAACUGUCAUAUAUGUAACCUUAUUUGAUCCAACACAUCCCAGACCAUGUGUAAGAGUACUUAUCAUGCGUAUUACUUACAUGCUGUGGAGCCCAGAUGAGUAAUAGGAGAGGGUUGGACUUGGCGAGCGGGUAUCUUUCUGGCGAGGCUUUGACAGAAUCGGUACCGAUGGCAUCUGUUUAAGACUUCGUGGCGGAAUUGGCGGGGCGUUCAACAAUCGGCAUUCUUCUUUCACCUGGAAAGGUAUGGCCUGGCUUUUAAACUGGCAGUACCACAAGGGAACGGUGGUUGACUGGAGAACAGGUUGAUACAUUUCUCAUGCUAUUUUUAGUGUCUUUUCAUGAAAUAAAUACUUGAGAGUGAGCGAUAAUAAAGGAUAGUUUUUAACCCCCAGCAGUUUGUUGACAUCUUAUCUGACAUCAAAAUUUAAAAAGGUGCAUUUUGUUAGCCAUUCUUCCAUUUCCCUUUCCACAACGGAGAAGUCCACCACGAAAGAAGAAAGAAUCUUGGGCUCUAUGCUGUAACUUUGAAGGUAAGUGGCAGUUCCUUUCCUGUUUCCUCUCCCACUCUUCUUCCCUUGUUUUUGAUUUUUGACAUAACCACAAAUCUCCUUGAAGCUAACGUUACUCAGUGUUUCCCACACAUUCAUUUACUUGUGGCAGACCACCACAAAUAGAUUUGGUGCAACCUGUUUUGCCCUCGAUCAUAAUCACUUUAUAAAGGGACUGUGUGUAGCUCGGCUUGUUAAGUUGUCCGCCAGAGAACAAGAUGUAGCAGGAGGACUCCGACAACUUGGCGACUGUUAGCGAGUAAUCAGACCCCUCAAGAUACUCUUUUUCAAAAAGUGACGAGUGACGAGACCCAGCAGUUUGUCUUCUGUUUGGUGGAUUUAUUAAGCGGGGGCAGAGUCGGAGAAAGUUAUGUAUAGGUUUCACUUUUAAAUGGGGUGCGUUCAAGGACUGCUGAACGAAGUCCGAAAUCUUAAUGCUUCACGAAAAACAUCAAUCAAAAGAUGUAAAAAUUCUGGGCUUUCUACCAGACUGACAUGUCAGCACAUAUCGCUCUUAGCGUGCUCAACGUACUCAUAGGUGGCUCGGUCUUGUUUCUGGGAUUCAAAAAAAAAAAAAAAAAAAGACGAAAAAAAAGCGACAGAAGAAAGUUAAUUUGUAGUGCCAAACAUAUUCUUGUGCUUUUCACAUUUUUUACUGUCAUUAUUUCUCGCUCCUACGGCGGCCAUUUAUGGAAAUUAGAUGACGUAAUCACACCACCAACCCGCCAAUGCCACAUAGAUUGCGGUCUUGUGGGAAACACUGAUACGUCAACAUAAACGGCCCUAUUUUUCAUACAAAUGACCCCUUCAGGUCUCAUAUUGUAUGUUGAUGUAUUGAUGUCGACUUAAUGGGUUUUCGACUGUUCCGAUAUUGUAAGGAGGAAGACUGAGUAAAGUGAAGACAGGUGAUACUCACAGCUUCGGAUUUGGGUGGGACUGGCGGCGGUGUGAGGGACACAUCCUGAGUCGGAAGUGAUGCGAGAGGACUCGUGACCGGGUAAGACAGGCUCGCUGCGGUUGUAGCGCAGCCGUUGUUGAGACCUCGGAUUCCCUCGGUUAAAGAAGACUGGCUUCUCAGGUGAUCCAACCACAGCUCCUCAUAGGGAACAUCAGACUUGAUUGAUGCUUGCUGGUUCGGGCAGUCCAACAUUUCGGGAAGAAAGUGUUCAUUUUCCGCCGAGUCCACUGGAACGCUGUCCGAGGGCAGAAGGGCCCAGUCGCCACACAGGGUCAUGCAUCCAUGCAGGUUGACCUCACUGUUACCAUGCAGGUUGCUACCGUAAACGCACACAGAGAGUCGGUGGAAGGACUGUGUCAGUUCAUCCCGGGCGUACGUUAAAGAGCUGGGAAUCUGCAUGCUGUUCGGACAUCCGUUCGAGGUUCCGCCGCCGCAGCAAUUACCGUUCCCGCUGCUCUGCUUUUUCGGGCUCUUCCCCUCGUCGUUCCAGUCUGUCCGCACGUCCCGAACCGCACGGGAAUAGUCGUCAAUGUCAAACUGCUCCUGGCAGAAGGAGAACCAGCGAUGCACCAUGGUGUCCAGCCACAACUCUCCUUGCAGGAGCUCCUCGGGGAUAAUAAAUCGAGGCAGAGCCGUAUGGAAGGGGAAGUGGAUGGGGAUUAUUUUGUUGCUUCGCAGAACGCAGCACACAACCACAGUCUUGGUCUGGAUGUUGACCAACUUGUAGCGAUGGCCCUCUCGGAUGAGGUGGAGGUCAUGCUGGUUGCGAGGCGGACUGCUGGGCACCGUGACGUUCACCGGCAGCCGGGUUUUCUCCACGAUGUUCCGGAUGGUGUGCUCGCCGUCCUGCAUCUGGAGCUCAAGCGGACUGCAGGUGCUGAAGCGGCCUUUGCACUGGAAAGGUAAGCUGAUGCUCUCGUUGGUGCGAUGGUUCAUGCAAAUCAAGCAGGGCAUCUUGCCCCGACCCAUCUUGCUGAUGGAGUUUAGCUUGCCGAUCUUCUUGAAAAUGGUGUUAAAUCUCGAUUUUUCUUUGGAGGUCUUGGCGUAGAGGAUCUCAGCUUGGCCCAUUAGUGUCAGCUCGUCGCCAGUGCUUAGUGUUAUAUUAUAAACUUCAGUGUCUUCAUUGCAUUCCCCUGAAGCCAUCUGGAAGAAAUCGCAUGAUACCAUCUUUAAUUAUCACGUACACAUGCACACACGCAGCCAAGCUAAGGCAGGUGUAAAGCGACCGCUUCCCUACAGUUAAAAAGUGCAUCUGCAAAGUAUGCCCAGCGUAACGUAACAUGUUAUGGCCUUAUUAUAUGAUCAUCAUUAUAUAAUGUAUUAUUUUUACCCCCCUCAAAAUUCUACACACAACACCCAUUAAAAUAAGUAUUCACAGCUAGACCAAACAUCCAUAAUAGGAAGCAACAGAAAAACAAAAUAGUACGACCACUCCUCAGACGAUCUGUGAGGAAGAAAUGUGUGACCACAUUGAAGUAGAAAUGACACCACCAUAAAUAAAUAACAAAUAUAGAGACCUGCUCUCUAUGAAAGAUCCUUGAAUGGCUUGAGCUGGUGUUGCAUACACAUGAAAUAUACAUGUAACCAUCCAUUUAAUAGCCUGUUGUACAUAACAGCAAAGUACAACCACAAUAAUAAACAUUAUUAAGGAAAGUUGGUCAGUUUAUCUUGAGAUCCACUGAAAUGAGUCUGCUUUGACAACUAAUUGCACUGGUUUACUGGUUUGACUACCCAAAACAUCACUUACUGGUGUGACCAGUUAAGGCUGCGUGGGAGCGUGUGGUGCAUCAAAAGCAACUUCACGCUUGGGAGCCUGAAACGUGCUUGUUUUCAUUCCUUACGCAACCAGUGCACCAAACACUUGCAAUAUAUUAGCCAUACCUUAACAUUGAAUGUGAUUUCUUCCAUGACGUAAACCCUCUCGGGGAACGCUUUGGCCACCUCCUCCACACUGUUGAAGUAUUGCACCGGCUCUUUGACGUCUCGAUCCUGCUCCAGUAGCUUAAAUUGACCUGCAGCAAGGCAAACAUGUCAUAUUGAACGCAAUGACGCUUCACUGUGAGGACAUGACUGGGGGAUACUGAAGCCACUAUAAAGCAAGCGUCUAUGUAUAACUAGUAGGGGUGCAACGGUACACCUUAACCACGGUUCUGUACGUACCUCGGUUGUAAGGUCACAGUUGGGUUCAUUUUGGGUACAGUCGGGGAACAAAAUGUAAAAGGUAAAACUGCUUAGCUUUUGUGUUUGUGCUUUUGUUUAAACUGCAACAAAAAACUGCAAACUGGUGGCAGGUCAUUCUCCAAUAAAUUAAAUUCUCAAAAUAAAAAUACUGAUGUAGCACACAGACAAAUUGAAGGAUGCGGGGGCCACUUUGAUACAUUUGUACACUAAAAAGAUGCUAAAACAAUCCACUGUACAGUAAUCCCUCAUUUGUCACGGUUAAUUGGUUCCACACCCGACCGUGAUAAGUGAGUUUCCGCAAGGUAGCGUUCCUUAUUUCUAAAUUUAAAAUUUUCGUAGUUAAAGCAUAAAAAAAACCUGUUUACUACUUUUUAAAUACGUUUUUAUAACAUUAUUAGACCCCUCUAGACAUGAAAUGACACCCCUAUAGUCACCUAUACAUUCAUAUUAACCAAUAUAGACAUAAUAAGCGAUAAAAUGCAUAAUAAAGACUCACACAUGUUAGCAUUGGGAUAGUUCCUUCUUGUUCUUCCUUUUUUUUCCUCCCGUUUCUGGACAGUACUUCCUGCAGUGGCUAUUGUCUCAGUGUAACACUGACUAGUGUGGAAUACUACAUAUCACAUGUCUGAAUGAAUCUUAUUUGUAUUUUUGAUCGUUUCAACAUUUUUAUGCUUGAAAAUGAUUAAUUUAGGUAAAGGAUGCGUAAUUUGGGUUAAAUAUGCUUUUUUUGUUGCUAAUAGGCCAUAGUCAACCACAAAAUAUCCAUCCAUCCAUUCAGCACUCACUGAGGAAGGUGAUAUGUGCUUUCAAUCUCUGGUUUCUCCUUGGCACUAUCGGUAACUAUGACUCCCACUAACCAAAGGCUGUUGUGCACUGUAUUUGUUUAGCAAGUAGACGCGUAACGACAAGGCACACUACCUGUCCCUCACUUUUAAUGUGUACUGUGCGGGGAAGAGUACACCCCUAUACCGAAACAAAAAACCUGAUUAGGAGUAGUGUGCAUGUACCGUUACACCCCUAAUAACCGCUUACCCUCAUAAUGAACAGGGAUCUCUAUUUUCGGUCCAAUCACGUAAUGUCCUUCCUCGAGACUGUGAGCAGUAAUGGUUGUCCACUGACGACAGGAAUGAAUCAAGAGGUAGUCAUUGUCUCUGAGCCCUUCCACCAGCUGGCCUGAAAUAGGAAAAACACUAAUCAUUUACUCCGAAAGGCCAAUUGUUUUCCCACACAGUUCUUGGCAACUUCAUGGUGCUUACUAAGAUGGGGACAAAACUGUGUCCACUCAGAAUAUCAGUGGCAGUGACAGUAAGUGAUGGAGGCCAUAUUACAAUAAAUACUAGAUGCAAUGGUGUUAUUAGCAUUAUCUUAAUUGGGAGCUAUUGUUUGAGGAAAAAUAUUUACAGCAUAUUAUUGUACUUAAUAUUUAACUCCAAGACUGCCUUUUUACAAAUUAGGGAUGGAUAUUUGGCUAAAUUAACAAUUGAUGUAAAUACAUAAUGUAUUAAUUUUAAAAACGGCGACCAUUUGUAGUAAUAAACAAACAUCAGCUAUGCGACGCUUUUAGACAGUUAUUUGCCAGCAAGUACCUUUUCAGCGGCAUUUAAAUUCAUUUACAUUUAAAUAGCUCAAAGCAUCAUUGAGCUAUUUAAAUUGUUCUUGUUCUGUUUUAUUGCCAACUACUGCACGUUUAUACCAACUUUGCAAGUAGAAUUUACAACAAUAGCGCAAAUCAGAAUAAUGAUUCCUGGAAGAUCUGCACACACACUGAUAUGCACAUUCUUAUCGUGUUCCACAAUAGUAACGCCUUGUUAACAGGGCUGUGUGAUAUGAGAUGAGUUUGUACGUCAACGAAAUAGUUUAUAAAGCAAAUAAAACGUGAAAUACAAUCACGCCACAGUCCAGACACUAACUCUAAUCAGCUUACCACGACACUUCUAGGAAGGUUAGUAGCUAGCUAGACACUCAAGUUAGCUGGGAGGCUUUUAAAGUGACUGACCGUUGUCCAGCUUGACAAUUUGCGGCAACCGAUAAGCGCUGACAAGUUGAUCUAACGGCAAGGACGUCGUACUCCAUGUAACAUCUUUUAAAUUGUUGUACAACAUUGUUCCAAGGUCCAUCUUGCUAGCUUGCAUUAGCCCACAGCAAGGCUAGCUAUGUGUAAACACGCUCACAAAAGGCUACACGGCGCUAACAAAGCAACCGAAACGCACCAAAUCUUCAUUAAUGGCUUUGUAUUUGGCGCCAUUGUUCCUUUUUUUUGCAUAAUGUUGCUUUUUCAUCUCUUUACGUAUCAUUCAAAUCCGUAAUCUGAUAAUGAAGCAGAUCCAUGUUUAUUUAGCUAGCAAAUAGAGCCAGAUGAAAAGCGGAAAUGCGUAACUUUUCCUACAAAGUAAGAGCAAUUAUUUACUUUUGUGGUUCGUGCACAUCCAGUCUACUGCUUAAUUUUGUUUGAUUGCAAUAGAAAUGUAUUUACUGUUUAAUGCCAGUCAUCCGAAUGUUAAUAGAAGAAACAGUUUUUAAUAACCGGAAGCUCUUAUUUUGCAGUAAAGAAGAACGCUCUACUGCUCUUUAGGGGUGGGCGAUACUACACAUUUUUAUAUCUAUUUGAAACCAAGCAAAACAGGGCCAGUACUGCUAAUACGAAUACAGUUUUUUUUUUGUACUUCGACAAACGGUAAAUAAUUUAUUUCCGUAACUACACUAACAUUUUCAGCCACUCUUUUGUUAAAACUGCAUCACAACUCCAACACGCGCCAAUAGUCCUUGUCCUCGUCCUCCGAACCACAUUAGACGCAAGACAGCGAGGUGCAUUCAUGGACACUCUGGACAUCACAACAACGUCGUCAUGCGUGCAUGUGUGGACGAAACAAACAAACACAAAACCAACAAGUUUGGUAACUUCGCAACUCUUAAUGCGGAAGUGUGAUCGGAAAUACCUGAAAGAACAUACAAAACACGUCAAGUAAACUUAAAUUACGUGGCACCUUUGAACCCCCCAUUGCUCAGUGUGAUUGAAAUGUUAUGCUAUUACUAGUGUUAGGCACCUGUGGUAUCCUUUAGCCUGAUUUCCAUUUUUAGUUCAUUUGGAGCUGUUAAUGCUUAUAAUAAACACAAAUGCAUCCUGUCAUUUAUCUUUCUGCUAAUAAAAUAAGCGUAAAAAUUGACAUUUUUCAGACUUGGUUCCAAACAGUGAUUAAUCAAGAUGAAUUAAUUUGAAAAUUGAUUUUUUUUAAUUGGAAGUAUUUUUUUAUUGGAUGAGAUUAUUUCAUGAUUCAGUCAGAAGCUCGAAAUUGCAAUAAUGAGGCAAGAGUGGUGCAGCAAUGAAUGUCAUCACACUUCCUGCUUUCUGUGGUACAAACCAGAGGAGCUUCCUU